AUGAUGGACGUGGCCACCGUCAACGAGGUCAUCGACUGCGUCGGCCGCCUCUUCGACCACAUUCCCUACGCCGUCUGCGGAACCGCCGCCCUCAUCUACUAUGGCUACCGCGCAUACUCGCCCGACCACGUCAGCAUCACCUGUCCCGAGGAGUCCAAGGAGGCCAUCCGCUGCUGGGCGCUGGCCAAGGGAAUGACGCCCUUGCCCGACAACCCCGACGGCUUCAGCGUGCGCGUCGCCAGCGGCCGCUCGUGCCCCGUGUGUAUCAAGUUCAUGAAGAACGGCUUCGAGGCGCUCGAGGUGGUGCGCAUCGGACCCGGCCAGGCCAGCAUGGUGACGCUGCCCAGCAUCGCAAACACCAUUGCUCGCAGCUACGUCUUCCGCCUGCACUCGUCGUCCACCGACCGCCAGGCCCUCUAUGCGCGGUACCUGGCCUGGACCCUCAAGCGCAUGGCUGAGAUCCCUCCCACAGACCCGGUUCAGCGCCUGACGCCGGAGCGCGCGCGCGACAUCAUCAACCGCUCCUUUUGGAUCCCCUUUACGCUGUCCUACCCCGAGACUGUGCCGCUCUUCCAAGCUGCCGGGCUCGAGAUUCAGGGCGACGGCAACCUCAUGGCCUGGCAGCAGCCCGACGACCAGAGCAUGCCUCCUCCACGGCCGCGGGCCCGGACCUCGGCAAGCCGCUACAGCCUCAACAACGCCAGCAGCAAUAGUCAUCUCCGCAAUCACAGCUACGGUUACGGCCAAAACUAUAACCAGCACUAUGGCGGCCAAGGUUAUGGUCAGAACUAUUCCCAGGGUUACGGCCAGAAUUAUGGGCAAGGAUACGGCCAAGGGUACGGCCAGGGAGGGUACGGCCAACCAUACGGUCAAGGUUUCAACCAGGGCUAUGGCCAAGGCUACAACCAAGACUACAAUCAAGGCUAUGGUCAAGGCUAUGGUCAAGGCUUUGGCCAAGGCUACGGCCAGAACUACGGCCAGAGCUUUGCCAACAACUAUAACCCUGCCUUCAGCCAGAGCCAGACCCGGCACAGCUACCACGGUUCAGAUCUCUCAGAUUCCGAAAAUGGCACGACCCCAUCUCUUCGCAGAGUCACCAAGCGGUUACCGAGCGUCCGACCUAUGAUGUCGACGUUCUCGUCUCCUUCCACGUCUGACUCGGAGUUCUCCCACUCAACCGGCGCCUUCUCGCCACAGUAUAUUCUCGCGUCGCCUCUGAUAUCGCCUACCGGGCAGAUGCCGCCGCCGCCUUUUUCAUCGUAUCACCAUUAUCCGCCUCUCUCUCCUGCAAACUCUAUACCUCAUAUACAGCCACUGGGACCUCCGCCGCUACCAAGGAGGGCAUUAUCAAAUCGCCACGAGUCAAGGUCGUGGACAUGA